GGUGCAGAGUUGAGGGAGGAGAAACGACGCUGAGUGAAGCCGAGUGUCGGAAGUGACUUUGCUGUACAGAUUUGUGUUAUCUAAUAGCUGAGACGUUUUACUGAAUAAGAUGAAAGGAAAAUCACAGUUCUGAAACUGAUCAGAACAGCUCUGCUCUGGCUUCUAGCUCAAGAAGACAACAUUAACUGAGUUUGAGUGGAGAGCUGUGGGUGUUGGAGUGACGUCAGCUCUGGAGCAACGGUCCCCACUCCUGAUUGUUUGUUCUGUUAGGACCUGCUGAGCGUGCUGAGGACCAUCCACAGGUUUCCUGCCCGGGGCAGAGACAGCGCCCCUACACACCUUCCAAAAUGGUGCUGUCACAAAGGCAGAGAGACGAGCUAAAUCGAGCAAUAGCAGAUUACCUCCGGUCUAAUGGCUAUGAAGAGGCCUAUUCUGUUUUCAAGAAGGAAGCGGAGUUAGAUAUGAAUGAAGAAUUAGAUAAGAAGUAUGCAGGCUUGUUGGAAAAGAAAUGGACCUCAGUUAUCAGAUUACAAAAGAAGGUGAUGGAUCUAGAGUCGAAGCUAAAUGAAGCAAAAGAAGAGAUUACUUUGGGAGGACCCAUGGUCCAGAAGAGGGACCCUAAAGAAUGGAUCCCGCGCCCCCCAGAGAAGUAUGCCCUCAGUGGACACAGAAGCCCUGUCACACGCGUCAUUUUUCACCCUGUCUUUAGCGUCAUGGUUUCUGCCUCAGAGGAUGCCACAAUCAAGGUGUGGGACUAUGAGGCUGGAGACUUUGAGCGCACUCUGAAAGGUCAUACAGACUCUGUGCAGGACAUCUCCUUUGACCAGACUGGAAAGUUGCUGGCAUCCUGCUCAGCAGACAUGACUCUUAAGCUUUGGGACUUCCAGGGUUUUGAGUGCAUCAGGACAAUGCAUGGACAUGACCACAAUGUGUCGUCAGUUGCGAUCAUGCCCAAUGGCGAUCAUAUCGUAUCUGCUUCAAGAGAUAAGACCAUUAAGAUGUGGGAGGUAGCCACUGGUUACUGUGUAAAGACCUUCACGGGCCACCGUGAGUGGGUGAGGAUGGUGCGUCCCAACCAGGAUGGCUCACUGUUGGCCAGCUGCUCCAAUGACCAGACAGUGCGCGUGUGGGUGACUGCAACCAAGGAGUGUAAGGCUGAACUAAGGGAACAUGAACAUGUUGUGGAGUGUAUCUCCUGGGCCCCAGAGAGUGCCUACCCCACUAUACUUGAGGCCACUGGUUCUGAGAACAAGAAGAGUGGAAAGCCUGGACCUUUCCUGCUUUCUGGAUCCCGAGACAAAACCAUUAAGAUGUGGGAUGUCAGUAUUGGCAUGUGCAUUAUGACACUGGUGGGCCAUGAUAACUGGGUGCGUGGUGUGCUUUUCCACCCAGGUGGCAGGUUCAUUAUGAGCUGUGCAGAUGAUAAGACCCUGCGCACUUGGGAUUAUAAAAAUAAGCGCUGCAUGAAGUCCCUGAGUGCUCAUGAACACUUUGUUACCUCUAUGGAUUUCCACAAGACUUCCCCAUAUGUUGUGACGGGAAGCGUAGAUCAAACAGUUAAAGUGUGGGAAUGUCGCUGAUCUUCAUUGGCAGGCCCUGCCCCAACCCUCCUUUGUACCAUCACUCUUCCCUGCCAUGACACUCACUCUUUGGGAUGCAUUCAUGGCUGCCAUCCCAUCCAGCUCUCUUCUAAUAACUAUUGUCCUUUUAUGUAAAUGAUUCUGGAUGUAGUUUAAGCUUAUUAAAUGUUACAUACGACACCCUCACAAGGAGAGAAAAAUGUAUGAAAAAAGAAAAACAAGUAUUCUUGCAUGGUGAAUCCUAGAACUUGUAUUCUGUAAAUUGUUUUUGCUUACCAUCAUCUAGUUACCUUAAUGGUUAAAAGCAUCAAGCAUUUUGUUACAAAAGCCAGAAUGGUCCUGUCAGAGAAAUUUCACUACAGGACACUUGAAACCAGGCGGUGUCGUUUCUGCUCGGCUUUUGGGCCCGGUAUUGCCUCCACUGUCAUCCGCUAAUGCUUCAGAGAGAGAAGAGUAUAGUUGCUGUCACUUAACCAAAUUAAGAUCUGACAAGACUGUUGUCUCCUCUAAAAGACGUAUAUUGAUGCAUUUAAGGUUCUUAAUGCUGUGUAUGGGCUUUAAAUCAGCAGUGAGAUGUCUUAAUGGACAUAAGAAAUCUCACAUUUAAUGAAAUUAGUCUGGCCCUUCUAAGGAUCGGUAUUUCAGGCACAAUCAAUUCCUUUUAAUUUAUCUCUGUAUUAUAGAAGUCGGAAGGACCUGAACUGUAAAAAUGAUGACCAAUUUGUUCCUAGGUCAGCAGUUAGUCGUAAUCUGGUUUGCUGGUUAUGUUGAUUAUAGCUUUGGUUUAUAUGCACACUUACUCUAUUGUUGAUUUUGUAUAUAACGUGAAAUGAGCGUGUUGUCCUGCAAGAAAGGGCAAGAUUAUGAGAAUUAAUGAAAUCGGACAGAAAACUGGCUUAUUUAAGUGCACUUCUCAAAGUGUGUCUGUCUGUGUGCAGAGUUUAUGCUUUAAUGCUUUGCAUUUUGUCCUAUUCGUAAAAAUGCCCUUUUACCAUUUCAUUGACCAUCUUUAAUUUGGCAUCACAUAAGGAUUGAAAAACAAAGUAUUUCUCUGUGUUCUGAAUUGCCUCAUAAAAGCAAUUGGUGCUGGUAAGGUUUAAAGAAAUAAAACUAAGCAUUUUCUGACCUGUGACUUAAUUCAACACCUUAGUAGCAGCAGUAGUGGCCAAAGCUCACCAAAUAGUCUGAUAUUUGUGCUAGGUUUGGCUUUUACUAAAUUUUAACUGCAUCAAAAUAUUCCUGUUUGUGCUAUUGUUGCAUUCCAGUAAUAGCAAAGAAACUCUUCUAACAGCUUUGGUUUCUCUACCAAGCCUGUAAGUGUGAAAACUGGUAUAGCCUUUAUUAUAGCCGUGCAUGUAUGCUGUAUCUGCUAUAUACUCUUAAUCUGUUAAAAGAUUGAGUAGUUGUCAUUUUUCCUGUUACAGAAAAAUGUGAUGCGUCUCAGCAAAGACUUAUUCUAAAAACGUGAUGCUAAAUCUUUGAAAAGCUGAAUGUGACAUAAUAGUUGGAUCUGGCAGUAGGUUCUCUUUGUAAAGCACGGUGUUGAGUAAUUGGGUUGCUGCCUACCUCCCUGAAACCUGUAAAUGAUGAAUUGGCUGCUCUAUUUCUGCCUGUUUCAGGAACCUGUCCAAAAUAAACCAGCUGGUGAAAAUGAAUGUAUGAAUGAAUACCUAAAAAUUCUCAAAUCCUAAAGUCUCCCAGAAGGUACAUACUGCAGCGGUAAUGUAAACACAGCUGUACUUAUGAGACACUACUGUGGUUUGAUCAUAAAGGUGCUAUGUGACAUCACGGGUCACGAAAUAUAAAGUUUAAAUUUGUUUGAAAAAUGCCAUUAAGACAAAUACUGAUUUGUUAUUUAAUGAUUGGCUGGAAACUUUCCUGUGGUAAUCAAUAUCCCUAACUGAAAAAAUAGCUUGUUGGAUAUGAUCUCGUAUGAUAAGAACAGGGCUUGUUCAGCAGAACAGUAUGCAUAUUGAUGCUCUAUUGGGUUACAUCAUAAGUUACCCAAAGUAAGAUUUUCACUCAGAGGCUUCUUCCUGCUAUAACAGGAGCCAUGCUUUUUUGGCCUUUCUAGUCAGAGCACAGGUUGCCUUUAUUGAUUUACAGAUACGCCGCCCUACCUCCCCAUCCAAAAUGUUAAUUCCUGCUAUGUACACAUAGCUUUGCCAUUCCAUUUUGCUGCUUGCUGUCUGUGGCUCUGCUGAACGUGCUGCCAUUGAAAGCUUCUCACAUGUUCUCAUUGUACUCUUUUGUCAGUGUGUAAAUCAGGGAGCUUGGUAAGAUCUCACAGACUAAAUCAUUAUCUUGGCCACUACGUUCACUCUGAUGGACCUGCAGUGUUUGGCUGCGUGUGUAACAAUCCUAGCUAGAUCACCAUGUGCAAUAACUAUAGGCUGUGGAAACUGUAACUAGCAACAGAACGGUAGAUAGGCAUGUGUUUUAUGUGCAAACUGUACUAUAUUAGUAGGAAGCCAGUUUCCUCUGUGUAAUCUUAACUGGCAGAAGUGGGAUCAGCCCUGAACCUGAAUGUGGCUGAAUUAUCUCCCCCGUGGUAGUGUUUGAUUGAAGAGGCAGCUUUUAAGUACCGUAAGGGAUUCAUGUUGGAAGUGCACGCGGUUGAAAGCGGUUGUGUAGGCCCAGCCUUUGCUAUUCCAAAGCUAUAUAUGUAGUAUCAGUGGCCGUGUGAAAGGACGGUACAGCUUUUCUGUAUGUGCAGUAGGUUUGUGCAUUCGGUCAGCUCCGAAGUCCAUUUGUUUGCUCUCUUAUGCCUUGUAAUAUCCUGAAGCCCCCUCGACCUAAAGACCUUCAUUCUGUUUUUUGUGAUCUCACUGUUCACACAUUUACACAUACACUGACAAAAUAUAAAUUGUGUACCAAUAUAAUCUGGAUGUCAUUGUUUGCAACAUAAUUAAGAAUAAUAAAACUGUAAAUAUAAAGCAA